AUGCCUUCCACCAGCGUCACCGUCACCGCCACGGCCGUGUCGUCCAAGUCUCGGAGUCGCCAAUCGAAAGAGCAAGGGAAAGUCCAGGUCGGCAAGAAGGGCAGCGAGCGGGUCUCCUCCUCUUCUUCCUCUUCCUCCUCACCCAUCACCGCCAAUUCCACACCCACCGUCGUCGGUCAGAACCCGCGGGACGACUUCUUUUGGGCAUACACAGAGGAGCCGCACCGGACGAGGCGGCAGGCCAUCAUCAAGGCGCAUCCCGAGGUCCUCAAAUUAUGCGGCCCGGAACCUCUCACCAUCCCCCUCGUCGGGGCCGUCGUGGGCAUCCAGGUGCUAUGCGCCUACCUCCUCCGCGACACGCCCUUCCUCUCCUGGCCGUUCUUCCUCACCGCAUACAUCGUCGGCGCCACCGCCAACCAGAACCUCUUCCUCGCCAUCCAUGAGAUCUCCCACAACCUCGCCUUCAAAUCGCCCGCCGCGAACCGCGCCCUCUCCAUCUUCGCCAACCUCCCCAUCGGCAUCCCCUACUCGGCCUCCUUCCGCCCAUACCAUCUCACCCACCACAAAUCCCUCGGCGUCGACGGCGUCGAUGUGGACCUGCCCACCGCCCUGGAGGCCUGGUUCUUCGACUCCGUCGCCGGCAAGGCCUUCUUCUGCACCUUCCAGAUCCUCUUCUACGCCCUCCGCCCCAUGUUCGUCUACAAGCUCCCCAUGACCGGCCUCCAGGCCUGCAACAUCGCCAUCCAGCUCGCCUUUGACGCCCUCAUGGUGCAAUUCUUCGGGCCCCGCACCCUGGCCUACUUCAUCCUGAGCUCCUUCCUCGCGGGAUCCCUCCACCCCUGCGCCGGCCACUUCAUCGCCGAGCACUACGUGUUCGCGCAACACUCGCGCAGCCUGCGACCCACGGGCUCCAUCAUCCCCUUGCCCUCCUCCAAACUGGCCCCUCCCCCGGAGACGUUCUCGUACUACGGCGCGCUGAACCUGCUGACCUACAACGUCGGCCUGCACAACGAGCACCACGACUUCCCCGCCGUCCCCUGGACCCGCCUCUGGAAACUCAACCGAAUCGCCAACGAAUUCUACUGCGAUCUGCCCUCCCACCCUAGCUGGGUCGGCGUCAUGUGGCAGUUCGUCACGGACGAGGAGGUGGGGCUGUGGUGCCGGGUGAAGCGCAAGGAGGGCGGACGGAAAGUCGGCGCGGGCAGCGAGGGGCCGACGGACAAGGUCGCUCCUUCUUCUUCUUUAUCGUCGUCUCCGUCUAUAUCGUCUUCUCCUGCGGUCUCCACCAGCGCAGGACGACGAUGA